AUGGGACGUGUUAAGCUUCCAAUAUCAAGAAUUGUAAAUAACACAAAUAGACAAGUAACAUUUUCCAAACGUAGGAAUGGAAUCCUUAAAAAGGCUUAUGAACUUGCUGUUUUAUGUGACAUUGACAUAGCCCUUUUCAUGUUGGGAUGGUAUUGUUUGAUAAUUCUGAUGUCAGUACUGUCUUGGAUCAGCUCUGAAGUUCUAAGCGCACAAUCACAGGAAUAUAAACAAGAAAUUAUGAACUUGCAGCAUCAACUUGAAAUAGCCAAGGAACAGCUAAGAUUACUGGAACCAGACCCACAAAAAUUUACAUCGUUAGGCGAAAUUGAGUCAUCUGAAGAGCGCCUUUCAGAAGCAUUGAACCUUGUAGAGAAAAGGAAGAGGCAUUUAUUGACCGACCACUCUUCAAGUUAUCAAGAAACUGUUGAGCAAAUAAACUCAGUGGUUCAGUAUAUAAUCAAUGCACAAGUAGAGGGAAACAGAUCUCUUGAGAACUCGGAAUUUAGUUCUUGGCUUGAUCAGCAUGGCCAUAAAACAGACGCCAAUGGUUCAAAUUGUGUGUCUGUUGGACCUGAUGAGAAUGGGAUUUCGAGUACCAGUGCCAUCUCCAUGACACCACCAUCUCAGCAUUCUAAAUUUGCAUCAACUUGUCAACCGCUGCGUAGUGAAGAAGCUGCAAAUUACGAAACUAUGGAAUGA